GGGGUUCCUGGAGGCCGCUCUGGAUUCCGGCGGAUCCCAGAGCCCGAAUUCCCGAGCGCUGCGGGGCCAGAUCGGCCUCAGCCAGCUGCUGUCGGAGCUGGAGGAGCGCUGCCGUGCCCGCGGCCGCUCCCUGGGCGUGGCCGUUCCCGAGGGAUUCUCGGUGUCCCGGCCAUUCCGGGAGCUGCGCGACCGCGGCCGCCUGGAGCAGCGGCUGAUGAGCGCCGCCGCCGAGCUCCGGAGACACGGUGGGACGCCGGGGAAUCCCGGGAAUUCCGGGAAUUCUGGGAGUGGUGGGGAUCUGCUGUCGGAGCUGGAGGAGCGCUGCCGUGCCCGCGGCCGCUCCCUGGGCGUGGCCGUUCCCGAGGGAUUCUCGGUGUCCCGGCCAUUCCGGGAGCUGCGCGACCGCGGCCGCCUGGAGCAGCGGCUGAUGAGCGCCGCCGCCGAGCUCCGGAGACACGGAUUCAAGACCUGCGUCCUCACCAACACCUGGGUGGACGACACCUCCUGGCGCUCCCUGACGGCCGCGCUCCAGGAGCGGCUCCGGCGCCACUUCGACCUGGUGCUGGAAUCCUGCCGGAUCGGGAUGGCCAAGCCGGAGCCCGGCGUCUUCUCCUACGCCCUGGAGGCGCUGCAGGCGCGGCCGCAGGAGGUGAUUUUCCUGGAUGAGCUGGAGGAGAACCUGGAGCCGGCGCGGGAGCUGGGGAUGGCCACGAUCCUGGUGCGGGACACGGAAUCCGCCCUCCGGGACCUGCAGGAGCUCUGCGGGAUCCAGCUGCUGGGCCGGGAGGAGGAGCUGCCGAGGCCGAUCGCGCCGGACGAGGUCGCGCACGGAUACGUCGACAUCCGCGUGAUUUUCCUGGAUGAGCUGGAGGAGAACCUGGAGCCGGCGCGGGAGCUGGGGAUGGCCACGAUCCUGGUGCGGGACACGGAAUCCGCCCUCCGGGACCUGCAGGAGCUCUGCGGGAUCCAGCUGCUGGGCCGGGAGGAGGAGCUGCCGAGGCCGAUCGCGCCGGACGAGGUCGCGCACGGAUACGUCGACAUCCGCCCGGGCGUGCGGCUGCACUUCGCGGAGCUGGGCCGGGGCCCGGCGCUCUGCCUGUGCCACGGAUUCCCGGAGUCCUGGCUCGCCUGGCGCUUCCAGAUCCCGGCGCUGGCCCAGGCCGGAUUCCGGGUGAUCGCGCUGGAGAUGAAGGGAUACGGGGAAUCCACCGCGCCCGACGGUGAGAGGGAGCGGGAAGGGACAGAUUUCAUCACUUUUCUGGAUAAACUGGGAAUCCCGCAGGUUGUCCUGGUUGGCCACGACUGGGGCGGGGCCAUGGCCUGGAACGUGGCGCUGUUCUACCCCGAGCGGCUGCGGUGAGCCCGCGGG